AUGAGUCGCAGCCCAGAAAGGAUCUCAUCCUAUCGCCGCCAUUUCGAGGAUGCCAGCACCUCCUCUUACCAGGUGAGAGUCAGCAGCCCUUCUCCCGUCAGACGGGAUGUCGGGAGGUGCCGUUCAGCCAGCUACACCCGUAAAGCCAGCGCUGUCAGCAGCAGCAUGGCAGUGGGCCGGAGGACCAUCUCAUCCUCACGCAGUCAGCCCCUCAUGACCGGUGUCGGAAUGAGAGCCAUCUGUCUUAGCGGAGGGGGUCCAGGGGUCGAUCUCGACCAGGCUGCUGCAGAAAACCGUGAAUUCCUGAACACACGAACCAGUGAGAGACAAGAGAUGAUAUUGCUCAACGAUCGACUGGCAGCAUACAUAGAGAAGGUCCGAUCGCUGGAGCAGCAAAACAAGUUGUUGGAGACGGAAAUCGAGGCCCUAAAGAAUCGAUACUUAAAGCCCACCGGCCUCCGCCUGCUGUACGAGGAGCAACUCCAGGAGCUGAAGAGGCUGGCGGAGCAGAUGAGGAUACAGCGGGACCUCGCUAUCGCUGCAAAGGACGCUAUGGCGGGUCAGCUGGAGAUGAUUAAGGUGAAAUAUGAGGAGGCCGUAGAGAUGAGGAAGAAAGCCGAGCUUGAUAUUGAAGCCUUCCGUCCGGAUGUGGACGCCGCCACCGCCGCGCGCAUUGCUUUGGAGAAGCAGCUAGAAAACCUGGAGGUGGAACUAGAAUUCCUUCGAAGAGUACACAAAGAGGAAAUCGAAGAGCUUAUGAAACAGAUAUAUGCGGCCCACGCAACAGCAGCAGACGCCUACAGCCUCCCAGACCUCUCCAGCGCCAUCAAGCAGAUCCAGCUCCAGUAUGAUGAUAUUGCCGCGAAGAACUUACAGGAAAUGGACUCUUGGUACAAAAGCAAAUUUGAUGAUCUCAACAACAAAUCGUCAAAACAUGUUGACAAGGUGCGAAGCGUACGAGAGGAAAUUGUAACUGCGAAGAAGGACAUUCAAAAUAAGGAGCGUGAUUUGGACUCUUUGAAAACCAAAAAUGAGGCUUUGGAAGCACAGAUCCGUGAGACUCAAGAAAAGUACAGAAAAGAACUGGAAGAACUCCAGGCAAGAAUUGAGGCCUUGCAGCUUGAGUUGAAAUCCUCCAAACAAAGGACAGCAAUGCUCCUACGUGAAUACCAAGACCUACUUAAUGUGAAGAUGGCCCUCGAGAUUGAAAUUACCACAUACAGGAAGCUCAUUGAGGGUGAAGACUCUCGUAUUACUUCUGUGAUGCAGAGCAUGCAAACCAUGUCCCUCAUGAGUGGCAGCAUAAGUGUUCACAGUGCUAGAGCCGCAGGUGUUGCAGGAAUUGUUGAUAAAGUUGGUGGAGGUCCUGAUGGUGGUGCUGCCUCAGGUCUUGGAGGUGGUAAUGGCGGAGGUCUUCUUAAUGGCAUCACCAGUGGGGUUGGCGGCCCAGGCACCACUGUUGACUACACUCAAGAGCAGGCUGUGGAGAAGACAGAGAGGAAGACUGUGCUUAUCAGAACCGUUAAAACUGAGGACGACACUCUGGAGAGCAACACACAGGAGAAAUCUUAUUCCAUCUCUGGAGCAGCUGUUGAUGAAGAGUAGUGGUGUUUUCUGCUCACCAAUCAUGCCUUCAGAUGUGUGUGCCUUACAAACCAGAAAUCAGCUUGAGUCUUGCAAUGCUUGUCCACUACUGGAAAUAAAGCUCUGAGCAUUA